UAGGAGUAGGAUUUGUCCAAAACGAAAGUCGUCCGCUUCGCCCCACCGAAAACACAAACGAAAGCCGCUAUCUUUCGCUUCAAUAACUCCAAAAACCCCCCACUCCUCAGUUUCUUCGAAUUCCUUUACUUUCUCACCCUUUCCUUCGUUUUCCCGGAAAUUUUUCUUCAUGGGUAGCCUUAAAUAUUCAUCGAAUCAAACGGGUUUGCGUUAUAAUCCCGCAACAUGCCGCCGUUGACUGUCUGACUGCCUCGGCUUGUUGUUAUUGCUUCAUAGAUAUGACGCUUAAAUGUGGUUCUUCGUUUUCUUGCUUGGCCACUUCUCCUGCUUCCCAUUGCCAAACGAGAAGGGGUUCCCAGUUGAGCUUAUUGCAUGUACCGUACUGCAGCCAACGAUGUGGUGCUCAGCAGCUAAGAUAUGUUAAAGGUAAUUCGUGCAUGUUCAGACAUCAAAUAGGGCAGGCAAGCAAAAGGAUUCCAAACAGUCACAGUGUUCUCUUUGCUGUUGCUGAAGACCAGUCAGAAUAUAGUGAUAUAAAACCAGAUGCUAAGGAGCUAGAAAAUCACUGUCCUAAUUCUGAAGAUAUAUUUCCUUCUAACAGUUCAUAUAUCCAUUUUGAUGGUACUGGUGGAAAACCAGGUUUAGUCUCAUUUUAUAACCGACCAUAUAAAAAGGAAGAAGAAGUUUCUACAAAUAAUCCUGAAAGGAAGCAAAACAGCCUCUUAUGGUUCAUCGGUCCAGCUGUUCUCCUAGCUUCUUUCAUUUUCCCCUCGCUCUAUCUGCGCAAAAUACUAUCUACUAUAUUUGAGGAUUCGUUGUUGACAGAUUUUCUCAUCUUGUUCUUCACGGAAGCUCUCUUCUACAGUGGUGUUGCGGUGUUUCUUCUUCUGAUUGACCGUUUAAGGAGGACAACUGAACCAGAAUUGGUUGUCCCCAGUAACAGAACCCCAGCCCCUCAAUUAGGACAGCGAAUCUCGUCUGUAGCUUCCUUGGUACUCAGUCUUAUAAUUCCUAUGGUGACUAUGGGUUAUGUUUGGCCAUGGACUGGCCCUGCUGCUUCUGCUACUCUUGCUCCGUAUCUGGUUGGUAUAGUGGUCCAAUUCGCAUUUGAGCAGUAUGCAAGAUAUAAGAAGUCACCUUCAUGGCCCGUUAUCCCGGUCAUCUUUCAAGUCUAUAGAUUGCAUCAACUGAAUAGAGCAGCGCAACUGGUGACUGCUCUGUCCUUUACAGUCAGAGGAGCUGAGACAACACCGCACAACUUGGCAAUAAACAGUUCCUUGGGUACACUGUUGAAUGUCCUUCAAUGCCUUGGAGUUAUCUGCAUUUGGUCUCUCUCAAGUUUCCUUAUGAGGUUCUUCUCUUCCACCACUAAUCCACCCUAAAGCCCGCAAUAUCAUGUACGGAUCAUGUAACUCAGUGACACUAUCAUCAGACUUCUCUCAAGAAAAUUAAAUGAAUCUCAGUUGGGUCCAGUUUCCUUUUUUUCCGUGGUUUAGUUCCGCUCGGGCGGGAGUUUGACAGCAAAUUGCCAUUGAAGUAUUUGACUGGUCUCAAGCAAAGUUAGAAGGUAGUUGCAGGAUUUUGUAAAUGAGAUUCUUAAAAUGAGAGAGAGAGAGAGAGAGAGAGAGAGAGAGUACAUAAGAUUAUUUUUGUUUCAUUAAAUCCUAUUUGUUUAGAAUUUGGCAGAGAACUCAGUAGCAAGCUCAUCUGAUUUCUUGAUGAAACCUCAUCAGAGUUUAGCAGCUAAUAUUGGUGACUGCUCUGUCCUUUUACCUAAUAUUGGUGACAGAGAACUCACUUGUCUUAGUAACCUUUUACCGAAUUAAGUAAUAUUGUGGUGGUUCUUUUAGCGGCAUUUCCCUUCCUCUACAGGGAAUUUUGCCGGAAAAUCAAGAUGUAGCGAUAAAAAGGCUGUCAAAGAAGUCAGGGCAAGGACAUCCAGGAGUUUUGGAAUGAGUUGGAGCUUAUAGCCAAGCUUCAGCUUACCAAUCUUGUUAGGCUCUUGGGUUGCUGUGUCGAAGAGGAGGAACUGCUAGUGAUCUACGAGUACAUGCCCAAUCGGAGUUUGGACAAACUUUUGUUUGGUAUAUCCUCAUUAUUUCUAAGAUUUAUAUUCUUUGAUUAGG